CGCCAGCAUCGGCACGACGGUUUAUUGACCAACUACCUGGCCCCACCCCUCAUCAUCCUCCCAGGCGCUUAUAGAGAGCAGCAGGUGCCGGUGCCCGGAGCUCACUCUGUCCAGCUCUGCAGGAAUCCAGGGUCAAGCGAGGGGAAGAUGCUGCUGCUGACGCGGGUCGUGUUGCUCUCAGCGCUCUGCGCCGCGGCGCUCGGCUGCCCCCGCAUCGUCUCUCGCUCCCAAUGGGGGGCCCGGGCCCCAAAAAACAGGGUCCGGCUGAGGACCCCAGUGCCCUUCGUCAUCAUCCACCACACGGAAGGGAAUCCCUGCACCUCACAGGCCUCCUGCAGCCGGCAGGUCAGGGGCAUCCAGAACUAUCACAUGGACUCAAACGGCUGGUCCGACAUCGGCUACAACUUCCUGAUCGGCGAGGACGGCAACGUCUACGAGGGCAGAGGCUGGAGCACCGUAGGGGCCCACGCCAAGAACUGGAACCAUAAGUCGCUGGGAUUCAGCUUCCUGGGCAGCUUCUCCAGCAGAGUCCCCAACAACGCCGCCCUGAACGCCGCCAAGAGACUGAUCCAAUGCGCCGUCUCCAAGGGCUUCCUGAGCCGCAGCUACUUCCUGAAGGGGCAUCGCAACGUGAACCCGACCGACUGCCCCGGGAACGCCCUCUACAAGGUUAUCAGACAGUGGCCCAGGUUCAAAGCCUGAGUCCCUGCAGCCUCGGGGCAGCCCCUGACCCUGCCUGCAGCUUCUGCCUGCCCAAGCAGCACCUCCGUCCCCCAGCAGGGGGCAGCCUCGCGCUUCCCGCCCAUCUGCUGCCUCCUGGGGCCUGGAGAGCAGGGAUCUGAGAGUUGGGGUUACGCUCCCGUCUCCCCUGGGCUCUGCUGCCCUCCCUCACCCCAGGGCUCAGAUUUCUAAUGGUGCCUUGGACCCACCCAGGUGGCUUCCUUCGGCAGAGGCCAGGCUUAGCCCCUCGCUCCCGCCCGGAACGGGCACGGCGGCUCAGCCCGGCUCCACACACAGCCAGGCCCAGGGUCUGACAGCAUCCAGGGGGUGGGGCCAAUCCUCAGCUGAGCUCCGUGGCGAUGGCCCUGCCAAUCCCUGGGCAGCUCAGGGAAUGUCGCUUCCAUUCCCGUGUUAAACGUCUGAGCAAUUCUCAAUUCCAGAGUCAGACCCUCCUCUGCCCCCAGCCCCCUGACAUCUGCAGCGAAAUUCAUCUGGACUCCCCCAGAAAUUGGUCACUAUUUACCCCACCCUAGAAAGGGAACCUGUAGCGACGCGGGACUCACCCCUGUGGCACCUCCUGCUGGUCAUCUCUGGGAAUUAGCAUUUCCAGCCUCCAUAGUGCCCUCUGCAGGCUGGUGUCCCACUGCUGCUUCGUCCCCCGUGUCUCUCCCAGGACUCCGGUGCGCCAUUCUCUGGGGUGCUGCCCCUGGCAGUACACCCCUCCGUCUCAAGGUCUCCCCUCCCUAGGGAACUCCUACCCCCUCUCCCCACCUCGCCUCAGUCAUAGGCAACUGCCAGUCACCAACUAGCCCCGCUCCCUGGGGCAGACUGCAGUAUAAGCCACUCAUCACAGACAAGGGGUUUUGGGACCUGCUGCCUUUCUCUGCAACCCGGUACCUCUGGGGCCUUGGACAAGGCCCUGCAGCCUGGGGAAUUGCCAGCCUAGAGCGCCCCAGCCCUACUUCACUGCCAGUCCCCUUUCUGCAAGCAGCCAAGCCCUGCUCUCUCCCAGCCUGGAGAGAGACUUCUAGGCCACUGGCUCACAGCCUUUAUAUACAGGCCAGCUGUGGCCUGACUGGGGCGUGGCCCCCAGCUAAGACUGCUUCCCCAAUCAGCGUAAUAGCAGCUUUCUCCCAGCCACUGCCCUGUCCUAGGGCUGUCUUGAGCCCUUCAGGGCAGGAGCGGCGUAACCACCCUGCUACAGAACCCCAGUGUCCCCGAGCCCUGACCCGCAGCUCGGCCUGGCCCCCGCAGGGGCUGGCUCUCAAAAGUUUCAGCCCCAGCCCCUUUCGCCCCGACAGUCCAUUCCCGCCAGCCUCUCACCGAGGGGGGGUGAAGUGUUUGGAUCUUCACGCGGCAGGUGCCUGGGAAGGACUCGGCGGGUGGUUCGCAGAGUCCCACAAAGGGGGUUUUAAUUCAAGUGCGAUUUGCCUCUAACCCAGCGCCCCUGCGGCUUAGCGCUUGCUUUGCUUGGGAGCGUCUGAGCAGUGACAAUAAACCAGCUUCUAGCACGUGAAAA